GAAGACAUAGAGCCUUUUUUUUCGAGCGCAAAAUAAUGCAACGAUCCAUUUCAACGCAUCACGCUACGCGACGACGAGUUUCAUCAUAUUCAUCACUCUCACACUCCGAUCAGAGCAAUGCUAAGAGGCGAAACCGUUGGUUCAGUCAGCGCGAGGCGGCACACCACCGCCCCUACGGCGUCGAAUAAGGUUCUCGUCGCUGUGAAGGCGGAGAAGGUGAUCUCCAACACCGCAUUAGCCUGGGCGCUCACACAUGUCGUUCACUCCACCGAUACCAUCACGCUACUCGCCGUUUACUCUGCCGAGAACACCGGCAGAAGAUUCUGGAACUUCUCGAGAUUCGCCGGAGACUGUGGGAGCGGACGCGCGGGAAAAUUGCCGGAGAGGAUUUCCGAUAUCUCCCAAUCUUGUGCUCAGAUGGUGCUUCAGUUGCACAAUCACAUUGAGGUUCGGGUGAAAAUUAAGGUGGUGACGAGUACUCCUAGUGGUGCUGUGGCAGCUGAAGCCAGAUGGAGUGGUUCCCAUUGGGUCAUACUGGACAAGAAAUUAAAGCAAGAGGCAAAGCAUUGCAUGGAUGAACUUAGCUGCAGCAUUGUGGUGAUGAAUGGCUCACAGCCAAAAGUCCUCAGGCUUAACUUAGGAUCCUCCGAAGAACUCCAAACUCCAUUUUUCUCUUAUUCUUCACCAGGCAUAGAAAUUGGGAAACUAAAAGGCCGCAGAUUGAUGCAUUCCACCCCAGUGAGUAGCCCUGAAGACACAGAAGAAGCAGGUACUUCAAUGUCAAGCACUGACUCAGCCACUUCUCCUUUCCUCGUCUACAAACAAAAUCCUCUGUACCAAGGCCAGGGACCACAUGAAAGAACAAACAAACCAUUGAACAACCCAAAAGGUUUCAAUGCACAGCCACCAUUAUACUUUGAUUUGGAAAGGGAUCACCCAACAUCACCUGUGGCUAGAGACAUAAAUACUGUAUUUUGGAUUCAUCAAAACCACAAUGCAAAUGAGAAGCUUCGAAACGCUGAAAACAAAGUUAUCCAAAGAACUAAGUCUCCAACUUCCAAAACUCUACUUGAAAAUUUCAAGCAUUGUGAUCAAGAGACAACAGAAAGUGAACUCGGAUUUAAGUUUAACCAAACUCAAAGUAGAAGCUAUAUCCCGAACUCGAGCAUCAGAGAAAACUCCAUUCCUUUGGGUAGAACUACCUCUAUACCUCCUCCUUUAUGCUCUCAGUGUCAGAAUAAAGUACCAGUAUUCGGAAAGCCUCCUAGACGUUUUUCCUUCAAAGAGAUAGAGGAAGCUACUGACAUGUUCUCAGAAAUGAAUUUAUUGGCUGAAGGUGGAUUCGGUGUGGUUCAUAAGGGAAUACUCAAAGAUGGUCAGAUCGUUGCGGUGAAACAGUUAAAGCUCAGUGGCUCUCAAGCAGAUAUUGAUUUCUGCAGGGAAGUUAGGCUUUUGAGCUGUGCUCAACACAGAAAUGUUGUGUUGUUGAUAGGAUUUUGCACAGAGGACAAUUUGAGGAUAUUAGUGUAUGAGUACAUAUGUAAUGGUUCCUUGGACCUCUGCUUACAUGGAGGCGAGAAUAUGUCGUUGGAUUGGAACUCACGCUUAAAGAUAGCGAUUGGAGUGGCGCGAGGCUUACGCUACCUCCAUGAAGAUUGUAGAGUUGGUUGUAUAGUGCACAGAGACCUUCGACCCAAAAAUAUCCUCUUAACUCAUGACUUUGAACCUCUGGUGGCUGAUUUUGGGCUUGCUAGAUGGCAUUCAGAAUGGAAUAUGAAUACUGAAGAUCGCGUUAUAGGAACUUCAGGGUACCUUGCACCUGAGUAUAUUGAUGCUGGAAACGUUACAUAUAAAAUAGAUGUAUAUGCAUUUGGAAUUGUUUUGUUAGAGCUAAUAACCGGUCGAAGAAUUAGUGAAUUGGAACAGAUUAAUGGACACUCGUAUCUUUCUGAAUUGUUUCACCCCAUACACAUGUUGGAGCCGGAUCAUAUCUUACAAAACGUUCUAUCUCUCAAACCAUGCUUGGAUUCUGAGGCGUCACUGCAGUUUAAUCUUCAAUUGCAAGCCAUGGCAAGAGCUGUUUCAUUGUGUCUGCGUCUGGAUCCUGAUGCCAGACCCUCCAUGUCAAAGAUACUCAGAGUGCUGGAAGGGGGUGAUCCUACAGGUCCUAUGAGCUUAGAUAUCAAUUCAGUUGGUAAUACAAGUGGCCAUUUAAGUGGUUUGACUUGGCAAACUCCACCCAAAUGUACAGUAAGUCAUUCUCGUCACCUAUCACAUUGAUCAUUCCUUCGGUUCCAGGGCAAGAGGAUCUGUUGUUGGCAAUAAUAACAUGGUUCUGAUUGUGAGCUGCACAGUAACAUUGUCCAUUUGAAGCGGGUUCUAUGACUUCUUUCUCACACGCAAAUAAAGCAUUCACACAAGCAUAGUGCUACUUGGUCGUAAAAAAAGUUACUAUCUUAGCUUCCCAUUAAAAAUAUAUUUGUAAUUUGGUUUGUGAGCCAAUCAGUUCAUGUUUAAAUCUCAUUUUAUAAUUGAUUCUAAAUAUAAAAUCAAUUAAUUUUGAA